AUGCUGAACGUUCUCGGCGUAGGGCGCGGAGCAACCGGCUUCUCCCCUUUCCCUCUCCUCCUCCUCCUCUUCCUCGGCUGGGCGUUCACCGCGCCCGCCCAUGCCCAAACCCUCACAGACGACCAGGUCAGUGCUGUGAAGCAACGUCUCGCAGAGGGCGCGACGCACAGCUGGGAAUUCGGCACGCGCGCACAAACCCUCCUCGAGCUCGACGCCCCGCCCUUCUCCGUCCUCUCCCCCGACUCCCUGCCCCCGCCGCGCGCGCUCAACGCCUCGGCCAACGCCUCGCUCGCCGACGUCCUCUCCAUCGCGCAGAACAUCGUCAGCGGGCGCGCCAAGUCGAACGGCAACGCGACAGGCCCGCAGCCGCUCAUCGCCGACGGCAGCGCGGCGGACCCCGCGAGCAUCGGCGUCGCCGUCCUGCUCGCGAACUGGACGGGCCUCGGGCGCGUCGACGGGCUCGACUAUGCGGGCGCCGCGCGGGACGAGCUGGAUUUUCUGUUCAACGACGUGCCGAAGACGUCUGACGGCGCGUUUUCCCAUCGCGUGUCCCAGGUGCAGCUAUGGAGCGACUUCGUCUACAUGGUCCCACCCUUCCUAGCCUACUACGGCGUGCUCUCCCAAAACCAGACCCUCCUCGGAGAAGCAUACACGCAGAUAAAAUUAUACCGUAAUUACUUGAUUGACAACAGCGCGGGCGGCCUAUGGAAGCACGUCUUGCUCGGUGACAGCGGGAACGAUGAGGGCCACUGGUCGACAGGCAACGCGUGGGCAGCAGCGGGCAUGCUACGCGUGCUAGGCACGAUGAAGAACUCUCCGUACUCCAAAUCCUUCAAGAACCAAAUCAGCGAUCUCGGGCAAUGGGCGUUCGACAUCCAAAAAGCCAUGUACCCCCACCUGCAAUCGAAUAACCUGUUCAAGAACUACGCCGACAGCACAGACUCGACCAACUUCGACGACGCCGCGUCGACCGCGCUGCUCGCAGCGACCGUGUACCGCCUCUCGCUCCUCACAGGAACACACACCUACCUCCCCUUCGCCGAACGCUGCCGCACGGCCCUCUUCUCCACAAACGCCGCCAGUGCGACCCCGUCCGCGUUCGCAGCGACGGCCGCGCACUUCUCGUCCGACGGCUGGCUCGCGCCCGUCGUGAACCCGGACGCGUACGGCGUGCAGGGCGCGAACAGCCCCGAGGGCGAGGCGUUCGUGCUGCAGCUGCACUCUGCGUGGCGCGACUGGGUCGCCGACGGCGCGCGGGGCGCCAACGGCGCGAGCAGGCCGCUGCCCACGUACGGCACGUUCGCGAUGGUCGUGGCCUCCGUGUGGACUGCUGCCACGGGCUGGUGAGCGGUUCGCUCGCGCUCACGCACGCACGCACGCACGCACGCCGGUUCAACUUCGGGACUUUUGGGGUUCGGCGAAUCGCGCACGUAUCAUGUUGUCCUUGGGUUUUAUGUUCUGCUGUGUUCUCUGCUGUCGGUCUGGAUGUUACUUUGAAACACUCGUUUGUGUAUACCUACACCCAAGUCUCUGUACCCUACACACGCUCUGUCAUUUACCCGUGCACCGCUUUCGCGUUUUUUUUUGGUUAAUCGUUUUCGUAUGGACCGUGGAC